AUGCCCCCAUCAGAUGUAAACCGAGCUGCCUCAGUGCUCACCUCACAAACCAACACGAGCGCCAAGUUCAACGUGGAUGUUAACAUCACAUCAGCGCAGCAGAGGGCGCUCUACAGCUUCACCGUGAUGCGUGUGCCGAGCAGCCCAGCACCUGUCUUCUCCAACUCCUCCUACCACACCACCGCGGGCCAGCUCAUAGCGGAGUUCACAUGCGUGCCCAAGCCCACCAGCACACUGGGCACCUACCGUUGCACCGCCAGUACUCUCGCCAACAUCACGGUGCCGUUCAGGCCGGUGAGCAGGGUGAAGGCGCUGGUGGAUGCGGGGUUCUUCAGCAACCCCACCAGCUUCUACUCCUCCAUCAAAGUGAAUGGUGUGGCUCUGCGUGGUGAUAUCAUCGCCUCUGUAGCUAACCUGUGA